AGUUGAAGAAGCAAUAGAUUAUAUUGGAUGGAUGACUAAAGAUGGAUAUUCCAAAUCAACAAACUGCUUAGACAAUAUUCUUGAAUUAACUACCAAAGAAUGUGGUGGGUUAGGAGAAUGUAAAGAAGAUUGCUUAAAUUUUCAACUUAAAAACAAUAUUUUUAAUGAAUUUGAUAUGCAUAAAUAUUCAGUUCAUGUAAUUACAAAAGUUAUAUUAUCACGAAUUGAAACUGAAUUUUCAAUGCAAGUUAUUCUCUUGAGUUCUCAUAUAUUUAGUAUUCUAAUUCCACAUGUGUUAACUAUAAAUCGAAUUAAUUUAGGGCAUACCUAA